AUGUCUUCCACGCAGGAAAAGGCUCAGCAACAGCCCCGGAAACCCUUCAGGGGCAGACUGACAGCGCCGGUCAAGCCACCAACACCCAACUCAUACACCGUGACCCCGGCGUCCAUAUCCGAAGUCACCAUCGCAGACCCAGCCGACAAACGGGCCCCCCGUACGUCGUCAUCCAAGUCCAGCUGGCUGAAGACGAAGCGGCAGUCGGUCGAGCUGAAACUUGAAACCAUCUUGCAGAAGAUCAUACUAACAACCGGCCAGGAGAACCCACGUCUAUUUCAUCCGCCGCCGUGGCUCAACCAUUCGUCGAUCCCGCCGUUCUGGAGCGCCAUAGAUGCACUCAUGGUUUGA